AUGCAAUACGAGCGCAUACAGGCAUUGGUGAAGGAGUUCCAAGAGGACAAGUACGUCCUGAGGGCCUACGGGAAGAUAUAUGCCCUGAACAGGUGCAAGGCGUACAGGAGCGUGCGCGUGGAAGAUGUUGAGAGGCGUCGGCGCGCAGGGCGGGGAGAAGAUCAACCCGAUGGCGAAGGUGCCAAAGACCUCACUGAGGGAGGUGCAGAGCACCCCGCCCAACCAGAUCGAAUCACCCGCAUUGUAAACAAAACGCUCCACCACUACACGAACGAAACGCUAAACCAGUUUUGUGAAAACGAUGAAGAGCUGACACACGUCUACAGCCAAAUGGACCACUGUAGCACCCUAUGUCAGGAGCUGGAAACGGUGCUCACCAACCACAAGGACGAAAUAACAUACAUAUCAAGUGACAUAAACGAAAUACAGACGAUCACAGAGAAUAUGUGUCACAAACUUCACAAUAGGAAAAUCACGUUGGAGUUACUAAACACAUACAUAAAAAUUGUCUUAGUCACCCCACAGUUAAUAUGUGAUAUAUGUAAUGGACAAAUAAAUGAGCAGUUCAUUGAAAAUGUGAAAAUAUUAACGAAGAAGUUAGAGAAUUGUGAGCAUUGCUUGUUCGAUUCCUAUCCGAGUAUACGUUCCUCCCAUGUGGAGCUAGUAAAGUUGAAAAAUAAAGCAAUCGACCGUAUACACAGGUUUUUCCGAAACAGUAUUUAUGAUAUAGAGUGUAGAAGAUGCAAUGUACACUUCGUACAACAACAUUUAGGCAGGUUCCAUGAAUUGAAUACGUUCCUAUACAACAAUUGCAAGGAUGCUUACACCUACUUGGUGAACGAGUAUGUUGCUAUUAUGAACCGUACCUAUUACAACCUAUUCCGCAUCUACAUGCAAGAUUUGGAGAAAAAGAAAAUGGAGUUCAAUGGAGAGUUAACCAUCGGUUGGACUGCUGCACACUUCGACCUUACGAACGGAUCCAGUGAUUUCCGCAUCGGUGGGGGUUACCCUCUCAGUGACCCCUCUAACAGUCACACUAACCGAACGAACUUUGCAAACACACAUGGUGAAGGGACCAACUCACAGACCGACUCACCCCUACAGGGGAUAAACGCAAACCUCAGUCUCCUCUCUGCAAAAAACAAAAUGAUGAAUAUUCUGGGCUUCGGUUCCAAGGAGAGUGCGACCACUCAAGUAAAGAAGGAAAGCCUUUUCCCUCUGAAUAAGCGGACAAGCGUUUUGCACGACUUGGCCUACUACCCGGGGGAUAUACCUACCCCGGAAAUUCCCACCGGAGUUCAUAGCCACGGAGAACCUCCUCCUACUGAUCCCUCCAUUCCCAUCAUCUUCACCACGGACAACCGCCCACAUUACUUUGAGUCCAUUUACAAAUCCUUAAGUAAGCUCUUCCUGGACACAGGCACAGCGGAGUACCUCUUCACUUCCAACUUUUUUCGGAACCAUGAGAAUCACGAUUUUCUGUUUCUUUACGUGUACGCCAAGACACUCACUCUCCACUUCGACUUCAUGUAUUAUUACCUGAGUGAGUCCUUCGACUUUAUUGCACUCUUCUGUAUUUAUAUGAUUAACCUGAACAACGAAUGCCUUGCCAAGAGGAGGGGUAUCGCUCCCUUGUAUGAAUUUAUCAAUCGGAUUCAGAACCUGAUUUGGAACCGAAUCGACUAUGUUGUUGGUGAGAACGUCAAGUCAAUUACCCUUAAGGAUGGAGAAAUGAAUCGUAGGAAGAUGGAUGACCAAAUGGCAGAGCAACGAAGUAUCCCUCUUAACAAUUCCCACCAGAAAAAUAGUCUAUAUAACUUUUUCCACCUUAACAGUGCGCAGACGGGGAGUGCCUACCUAAGUAGUGGUGGUGUUAAUGCGUCCAGUGGUUAUACCUUACCAGGGGGGGGUACUAUCAAUAACGCCUCUCCCGAUCGGGUGUGCACCACUUCAUCAACGACUCAUUUCCGUUCAACAGACCAAGGGGAAGUAGAAGAAGCGGCCACCAUGAGAAACACUUCUGUGCAAUAUGGCUCCUCUCACGGAGAGUGUAACCAAUUGAAGGGGCAUACCGAAAGAGAGAGCACUUUUCCUCCUCCCCAUGGACACGUACAUCCCGUGGUUAAAAGGUUUUCAGACUUCUACUGCUCCUUAGUUGUUCUCACAAAACUGUCUCUCCAUUUCGAAAAACAACACCACGUGCAAAUGUGUUGUGGCGUUGUUUCAUCUCGUGAGAAGGAAAACCCACAAGGAAAGAAGGACUCCCCCCCUUCUACCACUUUGGCCGUCCACGCAGAGGAAGAACAUCCCAAUAGGGGAGAACCCCUUCCGACCAACCAAAAUGGAGGGAAAGGAGCAAAGUCGACCGACAAUGCAAAGUCGACUGACAAUGCAAAGUCGACCGACAAUGCAAAGUCGAUUGACAAUGCAAAGGGGACUGACAAUGCAAAGGGGACUGACCACCCGGGUGAUGAUCUGCAAAAUUUUAAAGAAAACAUACAGGUGAAAAGCCGAACUGACGAAAAGGAGAACCAAAUUGGUUUACCUGACAGUGGGGUGAAAGAAAAACAGAAGGAAUGCAACGAUCGUAAGGAAGGAGAAGAGUCGGAACGCAUAUUAAAGGAAUCUUUCAAAACAAAUCCACAAACGAAAGGUAAUCAAACCAUUGAAGAAAAAUAUGGACACCUAAAACACUUCAUCCAGAAGUUAGAAGGAAACAUAAUCGAUGUUUUAGCUUUUCAUAAAAACCAAUUUGCACACAGUAAGGAUCAGCUCCUCUUUCUCAUUAACAACUAUUGCCACAUGAUAGAUAUCAUGAAAUGCAACAAAAUGGACGAGGAGAAAAUCGAGCGCUUCGACCAACUAUUAAAUAAAGAAAUCAAUGCAUACGUAGAAUACCAACUGAAUCAUUAUGCAACGGAUUUGAUUCUAUUUGUCUGUAAACAUGAAGAGAUAGUCGACAAGCUAAAGAAGGAUGGCUACCAUCCCAGUGAUUUCACAUCUGAAGUAGAUGUAAAAUUAAUGGAAUCUGUAGCCAUUCAGUUUACCAAAAAUUGGAAAGACCUUUUUAAAAACAUCAAGCAGGAAGUUACCCUCUCCUUUAUCCAUAACGACACUUCCGCACAAGUACUAAAAAUGUUGAAUACACAGAUUCUGUUGUACUUCACCAGAUUCCAUCAGCUACUCAAGGGGUUCUUCGCCCGCAUCGAGCCACCCCCCUGCGUUGAGAACCUUCCCUCCGUUGAUGUGGUCCUGGUCCAGAUUAAGAAGGACGCCAAGGCGGCCACAUGA